UUGAUUCCAUCCAUUCGAAGAUUCUAUUUGUACUUUUUUUGCAGCAGAAAUUAAUUAAUAACUAGAAUUGUACUAUAAGUUUAUCAUUUCUUUUUGGGUUUUUUGUCAAAAUGAUUUUUGGGUCAGUAAUUGUUAUCUAAACAGAUUGGGCUGGGUUCUCAAGCUUGGAAUGUAGCACAUAUAGGCCUGAAAGAGGAUAGUCAGACCAUAUGCCCAUGACCAAUAAUAGUAGCUGGACACGACAUGAUGCUUCUAAUUUCAUUAUAAAAACCACAAAAGGAAAAGGAAACGAAUCUAAUGCUUUGAGAGAUGGUUAAGGCAGCACUAUUCAUGUGGGGAACUGAGGAUAAAAAGGCAAAAAGUGCCAUCAUUCCUAAAGCCAAGAAUUAGGGAAUAAAUGAAUAUGGGCCUCAUCAAUUUGCUGAAUUCAUGAUUACUUAUUCAAGGUCAAAUAUACACACUACUAGACAGAGCGUGGAGAACCAACUCAUGAGUUUCAAUCCUUCAAUUGCCAGCAAAACUAUUUGUACUCACAGCAUUCCAGACAAAACAAAGAAAAAAUGCGUAAGCAAGGAAUGAAAUUAAGCAAUCUCAUUGCAUAGUCAUGACUUUUAGGCACUGUAGAUAUUUCAACCUCCCAAGUCCAACAUUAGUCCCAUAAUGAAAUGCCUAUGAUCCAUACGUGCCUUUAGCAUGCAACUUUUUAACAGAAUUAUACUAACAUAUUGUGUAUCUUGGAUGAUAAAAUCUAUGGUGGGACAAUUCAACCAAUGCUGCCUAUUAAAUCUAUGGUGCCAUUUUAUAAUGUCAAUAGAUAUUUUCUUUGUCAAAUUCAAAUUCAAUGAAUGAUCCAAAAAUUGUCACAUUAAUUAUUUGUAACACUUGCAAUCAUAGAUACCGCAUUAAAUUGUAAUUUGUAAUUUCUGUAUAUGAAAGAAUUAUUAAAACGUGGAGAAGCAAAAACAGAUUAAAGUAUUAGCCUUUAGCCAUUGUAAAAUCGAUUCGCUUCUAAACUCUCACUCACUCAAAACUCGAUAGUGUAUUUUAGAUUGAUAGAGGAAUGAAUUUAGUGACCUAAAACAAAUGAAAGUGCAAAUAUUUAUAGUACUAAUCAUCAUAGAGCCCAAUCCAAAAAAUUAGCCAUAAUAACCUCCAUAUAAAAAUCAAAUGCUGUUAAUAGGGAUAUAAAUCACAUUAUUCCUAUUUUUAUGUUUCUUAAAGAUAGUAACUAAAACUGAAAUGGAUUGCUAAUAUUAUAUAAAUAUAUACUGAUUUAGAAUACUUGAGGAUUCUGAAUUUCACAUUCCAUGUUGUGAUUAAUUUUUGCUAUGAUUUUUAGCCUCCGAAUAUAGUUUAUGCAUCUCUUUUUUUCAUGAUGACGAAUAGUGUUACGGAAUGUUUUUUGUACAACUCUAUCAUACUUGUCACUGUGGAAUUUGAUAACUAGAUGAGCGUGAAUAUAGAAAACUAAUAAUGUUGUAGUAGUAUAAACAGUAAGAGUUUUGUGCAUGUUUGCUGGUAAGCAAUGAUGAGAGAAAGUAAUUUGGUGGACAAACUUGGUCCCCUUGCUUUCAUGCUGGGACUUUUGGACCACCCAACUUUAUUUUUUCCUGUUAUAAACCAAGCUUUCUGGCUUUAUUCAUCUUCCAUUUCAGCAUAUAUGAAUUUGAACAAUUUUGAGGUAUCACAAUAACGAAACACGGAAACUGAGAGAGCAAAGAGUGUGUGUGUUUUGAGUCAUAUCUCUGAUGGGUAACAACAGGUUCAAAUUGUCAGAUAUGAUACCAAAUGCUUGGUUUUACAAGCUAAAAGAUAUGAGUAGAUCAAGGAAGAGAAAUGGUUCUAAUGUUAUGAAGAGCAAAGUAUCUUCACCAACAACAUCUCAAAUGUCGCUUCCAAGAUAUUCACACUAUUUCUCCACUGAACCAAUCAGAACUGGUAAGCUAUACAACACUCCCAUUCACACCAAAGAUUUGGAAAUUCCCUUCAUUGAUUCACCUAGAAGGUCAUCCAAAAGAAGGGCUAGGAGAAAAACCAUUUACAAGCCUUCUCCCACAGUUGUAUCCUCUUCUUUCAUAGCCACUUCAAGCUAUGAGUCCACAAAUAAUUGGACCAAGCCAUAUCAGAAUCAGUCACCAGACUAUGAUGUGUCUUCAAUUGAAAGUUCUUCUGAAUCUGAUGUUUAUUCUGAGUCUGACUGUGAUAGCUUUUCUGUUCCUGACUUGCUUAAUGGAAUAGCCUCUAAUUGCAGCUGCAGAGUUAGCUCUUCCACUAAUGACAUCAUCAUUGACAUGAACAAUGAAUCCUUCAUUGGGAAUUCUGAAAACCAUGAUGGGUUUGAUACAAUUUCACAGCUUGGUCUAGCUCCAAUAUUGACAAAGCCAGUGAAGUUUGAUGAUAAGGUCAUUGAAGCUAAUGAGUUGAGAAGUUCAACAGAAUUGGAUGAGCUGCAGGAUGAUCAAUCUUUCUCAAUUGAAAUUAACAAAGAGGAAUGCAGUAGAACUCAAAGGAGGAGAAGAAGUAAUCUUAUAGGGCGAAGGCCCUUCGCUAAUUCCGCAGGCAUAAGGCUUAGAGUCAAUUCUCCAAAACUAGCAAGUAGAAAAAUUCAAGCCUGUGCAAGGAGAAGUGUGUCAUCCACUGGAAGCAAAGGUUCAAGAAAUACAGGUUUUCCAGAUGGGUUUGCUGUUGUUAAGUCCUCAUUUGAUCCACAGAGUGACUUCAGGGAGUCAAUGGUGGAGAUGAUUGUGGAGAACAAUAUCCGGGCAUCAAAAGAUUUGGAGGACUUACUUGCCUGCUAUCUUUCCCUCAAUUCAAGUGAAUACCAUGAUCUCAUUGUUAAAGCAUUUGAGCAAAUUUGGUAUGACAUGGCUCAACUCAGAAUGUAAAGUUCUUGAUAUUAUUCAAUGCAUGUUUAUAGUCUUGUAACUACCACCACUCUUUGCAUCAACUUUUAUUCUGAACUAUCAGGAUUCCAAAUUUCGUAUCAUCAUAUAAAAAGAAUAUUCUCAAGUAUUGACAACCUGAAAUAUGCACGCAACAUUGAAUUUGCGGUUAAGCAUUAUUGAUUUUUUCACUUGCUUUAGAAUUUUUCUAUGGACUGUGACAACAAUCUACACUUUGUGAUUCAAAAUCUCUACUUGGAUUACCUGACGAGUGCAAACUAAUGACAAAAGCACUCACCGAAUUCCCUUGCCACUUCCUUAUCAAGAUUGCCACUAUUUGAGUUGUUUAUGUUCUUCUAUAGUGUCAAAUGUCAAUUAAAUGUUUUUGUUUGAAGAAUUAAGUUUUUAACUAUAUCUUGAUUGAUUAGUAGAAAAACUGACAUGCAAAAACAGCUGGUACAAUCCAGAGCUAAAUGUCAAGUUUUCAAAAUUCUUUGUUGCAACUUGGCCUAG